AUGGCCGCGUACAAUGGCCUUGGGCUCUCGCGGGCCGAGAUCCUUCGCCGCAUCCAAGAUGUCUUCCAAGCGUUCCUCGAAGACCUCAUGAACGACUCCUUUAUGACCUUCCACACGCUCAAGCGUGCGACGAGCGCCAUGACCUUUGACUGCGACGCCCUCACGCUCACCCAUGGCGGCGAGAAGCGCGCGAUCAAGAUGGCAUGUCCCGAGGCCCAUGAACAGCUACCUCAUGGUAUCAUGUACACGGGCAUGUGGCUCGUGCUGCAGAUCGCCCAUCAGCUGCUGCUCGAGGACAAGACAGUGACCCAGCGCGAGCUUUACUACCUCCACCCUUUCUUCACGACGCAGCAAGAGGCGGACGAGUGCAUCCUCGACGUCAGUGGCCUUCUUUGCGUUCCCCGCGAAUGCUUGAACAUCGUCGGUGGCGUCAAGGGCUAUUUCUCCGGGCGACUCUGCUAUCGCAGCGCCGACAAGCAAUGGAUCGACUGCAGCCUCGAUGGCGCGUCGGGGCGUCCCAUCUCGCGGGAGUUACUGCGCCUGGAAAGCGAAGACAUGAUCAGCGAUGCGCAAUAUAUCAUUGUGGUCGAGAAGGAAGGGAUCUUCAACCGGCUCGGCGAAGACCUCUUUUUCAACCGCGUUCCGUGCAUCCUCGUGACGGGUAAAGGGUUCCCCGACCUCGCAACGCGGAUCUUUGUCAAGAAGCUUCGUGACACGCUCCGCGUCCCGGUUCUCGGUCUCUGCGACUGCAACCCCUUUGGCCUCUCAAUCUUGCUCUCGUUCAAGUUUGGCUCGGCGCGCAUGCCGCUCGACUCGGUGGCGUACGGUACAUCCGUGGACAUGCACUGGAUCGGCUUGCGGCCGCUGGACACAGCGUCACUGGAGCUGCCCGACAUUGUGCACACCAAGUUUUCCAAGCACGACACGCGUCGUCUGCAAUCGCUGGUCGCCCACCCCUUUGUCCAGAUGGACGCUGCGUACCGCGCCGAGGUGCAGCACUGGAUGAAGCACCCUCUCAAGAUUGAGCUCGAGGCCCUGCAUACAAAAGGCUUUGGCUUUAUCACCGAGUAUCUCGAAGCCCAAGUCAUGGCGCGCAACUACAUCUAA